UGCCACUGUCGGAAGGUAUUAAGCUAUCAUUUUAGGGCAACCCUUCGUUUCACAGAUGAGGGAGCUGAAGACUAGAGAAGGCAGAGCUAGUUCCUGCCCUGGGACCAGACCCCAGGUAUGCCAGCUCCCAGCCCACUGCACCACGUGAACUACUACCUCAAAACUACACCUCCUGUCUGCCCAGGACACCAGACCCGGCUCCACCAGAAGCAGAAAAGGCUUCCCACAAGUUCAAGAGGCCUUCUGACCAGACUCAAAGUUCCCCUGAUGCCUGUUUAGCCCAGCUUCCCAUUGGCUGGUAGUAGGAUCCACCCCCUUUAGAGUUACUCCCCCUGCCCUGCAGCUCUAUGAGAGUGGAUGUUCCCUGAGAGGCCAGGGGUCACCACAGCAGCAUGGCUGAAUCGAGCAAGCCCAUCCUGUAUUCCUAUUUCCGAAGCUCCUGCUCAUGGAGAGUUCGAAUCGCUCUGGCCUUGAAAAACAUCGACUAUGAGACAGUAGCCGUCAACCUCACAAAGGAUGGGGGCCAGCAGUUCUCUGAAGAAUUCCAGGCCCUGAAUCCCAUGAAGCAGGUGCCAGCCCUGAAGAUUGAUGGAAUCACCAUCGGCCAGUCCCUGGCCAUCAUCGAGUAUCUGGAGGAGACCCGGCCCACGCCGCGACUCCUGCCUCGGGACCCAAAGAAGAGGGCGCAGAACCUGUCUGUCCUGAAGCAGGUGGGACAGGAGAACCAGCUGACCUGGGCCCAGCAGGCCAUCACUUCUGGCUUUAAUGCUCUGGAGCAGAUCCUGCAGAGCACGGCAGGGAGGUACUGUGUGGGGGAUGAGGUGUCCAUGGCUGACCUGUGCUUAGCACCGCAGGUGGCAAAUGCUGACAGGUUCAAGGUGGACCUCACUCCCUACCCUACCAUCAGCCGCAUCAACAAGUCACUGCUGGCCUUGGAGGCCUUCCACGUGUCUCACCCCUGUCGGCAGCCAGAUACACCCCCUGAGCUGAGGGCCUAGCUCUCAAACUGCGCCCCACUGGUGCUGGAGCGGGAGGCAGGGAGGGGUGCAGGGGAGACACGGCCUGGGCUGAACUUGCCUGGAAAUGAGCGAGGCCCGACUACAGAGAAGAAGAAGACCUGAACCCUCGAGCUGGCUCUGCCUUCCCACCGGACCGGUCUCUGCCUCGCCCCUUCGUUCGGCACCCAUGGGCAGGGUGGGGUGGGAAGAUGCGGGAGUGGGUAAGGCAGGAGGUUACCUGGUGUCUGGGUCCCAGGCAGUCAGGAGGAUGCAGUGAAUGUAGGCUGAAAUGUCUGGCCAGUUUACCGGAGCCAUGAGGAAGUCUGCGUGCAUCUUCCCAUCUCCUCGACUGUUAACUGACUUCCGAGACAGCCCACCCUGGAAUCUGAUCAUUAAACUAAAGCCCAGGUG